UUGGAUCCAACCGUUCUCGUCAAGAGGAGGUCGAUUUGUUUUCGUGCAAUCCUCUUGGAUACAAAACAAAUGAAGACCAUUUGGUUCUUGGCUGUCAGCUGUUUGAUCGUAGGAUCCGUCGUGGGUCAGUACGAUCCAAAUUGCAAUGGAAAAACGGUGAUUGUUCAUUUUUUCGAAUGGAAAUGGAGCGACAUUGCUGCCGAAUGUGAGAGGUUUCUCGGCCCGGCCGGCUAUUGUGGAUUUCAGGUUUCUCCUCCGAUGGAACACGUCAUCCUGCCGGAUAACAACCCACCCCAGCCAUGGUGGCAACGCUACCAGCCCGUCAGUUACAUUUUGCAUUCACGUUCCGGAAAUCCGGACGAGUUUGCAGAAAUGGUCCGCAGAUGCAAUGCUGUCGGAGUCAGGACGUAUGUCGAUGCUGUUAUCAAUCACAUGAGUGGACUUGGCCGUCUAGGAGUGUCGUACGCUGGCUCGCCUUACGAUGGAGACGCAUUAGAUUUCCCAGGGGUACCUUUUUCGGCCGAGCACUUUACCCCCAAAGAUAUGUGCCCGUCUUACGACGGCAAUGUCAAUAAUUACGGAGAUCCGAACAAUGUGCGCAAUUGUUAUCUCGUCGGACUGACGGAUCUCUACGGCGCAUUGGAUUACGUCCGUGAUGCCGUGGCGGGAUAUUUGAAUAAUUUGGUAGCAAUCGGAGUGGCUGGCAUUCGUAUCGAUGCCGCCAAGCACAUGUGGCCUUUGGACAUUGCUGCAAUUACAUCACGAGUUAACACUCUGCCAACCGAGCACGGAUUUCCACCCAACUCGAAAUUUUUCGUCUACAGCGAAGUGAUUGAUCGAAAUGAUGGGGCAGUUAGAGUCGAUGAAUACUACGACGUCGGUCUGGUGACCGAGUUCCGUUAUUGCAUGAAACUCGCGUGGGGAAUCAAUGAUUAUGGCCAGUUAGGCGGUCUCAUCGAUUAUGGAUGGGGCAUGGCUAGAGACGAUCGUGCCUUCGUCUUUGUGGACAACCACGACAACCAGCGAGGGCACGGCGGAGCGGGCGACGUUAUCACGCACAAGGCGCCGCGCGACUACAAACAGGCUGUGUCUUACAUGUUGGCCCAUCCGUACGGGUUCACCCAAGUGAUGAGCAGCUACUAUUUCGACAACAGCGAUGUUGGCCCACCCCACAACGAAGACUACAGCGCGGCUGAUGUUAUCAUUAAACCGGAUGGCAGCUGUGACGGUGGAUGGGUCUGCGAACAUCGUUGGAAUCCGAUCGCAAAGAUGGUGCGAUUCCGUAACGCUGUGGUAGGUACAGCCAUGGAAAACUACUGGAACAAUGGCGGAGCAGUGUCAUUUUCACGAGGCAAUAAGGGAUUCUUUGCCAUGGCUAAAGGAGGAAGCAUGACCGAGACCUUAGUCACAGGUUUACCAGCUGGAACGUAUUGCAAUAUCAUCGAUGAUUGUGCUACCAGCAUUACGGUUGGUUCCGAUGGCAAAGCGCUUGUUCAAAUCAAUAACUACGAAGAGCCCAUUUUUGCCGCUUGCGUUGGCUGCGAAACUGGUCCUGUUCCAACAGCAACUGCUGGAACUGCCCGUCCCACCACACCCACAACACCGAAAACUACUGUAUACGUUCCAACAGUGCCGUGCGUUGGACCUGGUUGUUCCAUCACAACCACUACUACAGCUCGUCCUCCAAAUGGCAACCGUACCGUAAUUUUCAUCCAGAAGCAAACCAAUCCCGGUCAGGAUAUGUUCAUCCGAGGUGGAAUCGAUCACACUGUGAGACCUGGAUGCGUCGAAGAUGCUGCCACAUCACCUUGCGCCGUUCCAAUUCAAAUUGCUUCUUUGGGUACCACUGCUCAUUACGCCAAAUAUGAUGCAUGGGCAGUAGGUGACACAAGGUUGGACUGGUACGGUACACAGGUAGGCCAAGGUUCUUACACAGGUCAGCCAGCAUCUGGAACUCCAUUGGCUUGGACUUCGAAUAAACCAACUGAAGCUGGAUAUCAAGAACUGAAUACAUGGGGAGAUCACUACUGGAUGGUGGAGAUGGAUAUGGACUGCUCAAAGACGGAGCAGGGUUGGUUUGAAGUUAAGGCUUUCCUUACCAAUUCCGGUAGCGGAUGGGAAAGUGAUGUUGUACAAUCGGCUUGUACUGGAAACGGUGCUGGAACUCCACCCUACACUAGCCUGUCGAAUCACAUGGGUCGCUGUGGCUUCAUCAACGUUUUCACUUUCAGCGCAAACGUGUGCCAGAUUAUUGCAUUUGAUUAAAGUGGCUUAUAACCUACCUGUAAUGACCAAUACCCGUUAUUCUCGAAGUAUAUUAAGAAAUUUAUUGGA